AUGGCUAAAGCACCAAUUUUGUCUGCUCCGAAGCCUGGUGAAGUCCUCAUCAUGUACUUAGCAAUCUCCAGUAUAGUUACUAGUGCCGUACUAAUCCAAGAAGAAGGAAAAAAUCACUAUUCGAUCUUUUACACGUGUAAGACAAUGACAGAUGCUGAAACAAGAUAUAACAAAGUAGAAAAGAUCAUACAAGCCUUGGUGCAUGCAAAGAGAAAGCUUCGGCACUAUUUCGAGUCGUAUAACAUCGUGGUCCUUACCAACUAUCCCAUGCGAGCUAUUCUUUCCAAGCUAGAUUUAUCUGGAAGAAUUACUAAGUGGGCAAUUGAACUCAGCUCCUUCGAUAUAACAUAUGAACCAAAGGUGUCACACAAAGGACAGACGCUAGCCAAUUUUCUCUUAGAAUAUGAAGAUAAACUCGAAGAGCCUGAGCUUCCUGAGCUACAUUGGGAGCUUCGAGUAGAUGGCUCCUCGAAUCUAACCAGUGCAGGGGCUGGAAUCAUUAUUACAACCCUUGAAGGAACCAAGUUGCAGCAGUCAAUCCAUUUGAAUUUUCCUGCUACUAACAAUAAAGCCGAGUAUAAGGCCUUGCUUGACGGGCUUCGAUUGGCAAACCAGCUCCAGGUAAAGUGUCUAAAGGUUUUUAGUGACUCUCAACUUGUUGUGAAUCAGGUGAUAGGCAAGUAUCAGCCUAAAGAAGAAAGAAUGAAAACAUACAAGGAGGCUGUAGAGAGUGCUACACGUAGAUUUGACCAAAUUAAAUUCCACCAAGUACCUCAAGAAGAAAACUCCGAAGCGGAUGAACUGGCCAUAGCGGCAUCUUCCUCAGACGAAGAUUUGGUCCACAUAGUGCCAAUUGACAUUCUGAACGAACUUAGUAUAAAUCCUCGGCAGGAGAUAAUGGUGAUCCCGGAUAUUCCACGAGAACCAUGCUGGAUGGACCCACUAGAAGCUUACCUCAAGUACGGAACUUUUUCGAACCAGAAAGCCGAGAAAAAGAAAGUAAGGUUCGCCGCAACCAAAUACUUUAUUAUUAAUAAUCAACUUUAUAGGAAAAUCAUUCUUAGGUCCUUACCUGAAGUGCUUAAGCCCCAAUGA